AUGGGACUCGAGUUGCCAUCUGAUUUUCCACGGAGGAUUGCUCGCGAGAAAGAAGUCCGUUCGAAAUACCGACCACUUCUCCACUCGAGUUGGGCUUCUCCGAUGGAGAUGGUGCUACAAUCAGCUUGCCCGCCAUUUCUAUUCGAGGUCCACCUGAAGAGAGCGAUCCUUGAACAGCAGCUACCUCCCAACCUUUUUAAGGGAAACACAGGCAAAGAGCAAUCAGUCCUUAAAGAUAUCGCUAAGGCUCUACGGAGGGUGGAAGAAAGGCACGGACAGAACGGAGGCCUCGACUUUGAUCGCGAUGGCACAUGGUGCUGGCGUGAGCUUUGCACUUCAAUCAGCUACAUCUGUGGGGGUUACAUCACAACCCCUGGAGAUGUUUUGAGUGACACAGCAUCUUGCUCAGGUAGACAUGAGUUCCUUCGCCCCAGAGGGUGGGAUCCUCCUGACGAUAUAGCCCGUUCCCGAACGUGGAUCAUCAAAGACAUUCGGCAUAAGCUUGAUCCCUCCAGGUUCGAGGAUAACACGGAAGCUGACUGGGUAAAUAUGCCUCUAGAUGCUUGGAAUGUUCUUCUGAGAGGGAAAUUGACUGGCUGGGAGCUUACAAAGGGGGGUUGUCGCUAUCUCAUGACUUUUGAGGAUAGUCCUACUCCUUGCCACAUCCUGUUAGUUGAGAUGGGGAAGAGUAACUGCUCCGGAGAGUGCAAGACUGAACAGAAUCUCUAUGCUGGAUGUCGUCAAUCUGCAGGCACUGAUUUUAUUGAUCACAUUCAUACACAUGCUUACAUGAGGUCCGAGACACCUUUUGUCCUCUGA